AUGGCCAACUACCUUGCUUCCAUUUUCGGUACCGAACAGGACAAGGUCAACUGCUCGUUUUACUACAAGAUCGGCGCAUGCCGUCACGGUGACCGCUGUUCCAGAAAGCAUGUCAAGCCUUCCUACUCGCAAACUAUCUUGAUGCCCAACAUGUACCAGAACCCGGCAUACGAUCCCAAGAACAAGAUGAACCCCAGCCAACUGCAGAAUCACUUUGAUGCCUUUUACGAGGACUUGUGGUGUGAAUUUUGCAAGUUCGGCGAGAUCGAAGAGCUGGUUGUUUGCGACAACAACAAUGACCACCUCAUUGGUAACGUCUACGCCCGAUUCAAAUAUGAAGAAGAUGCGCAAAACGCCUGCGACUCGCUUAACUCCCGCUGGUAUGCUGCGCGACCGAUUUACUGCGAGUUAUCACCGGUUACGGAUUUCCGAGAAGCUUGUUGUCGCCUCAAUAGCGGACCAGAAGGAUGUGUGCGCGGAGGCUUCUGCAACUUUAUCCACCGAAAAGAUCCAUCCCCGGAGCUUGACCGAGAGCUCCGACUGAGCACGUUGAAAUGGUUGAAGGAAAGAGGUCGUGAUCCCCGCAGUGUUUCUCGCAGCCCGAGCCCAGAGCCAGCUCGGCGGAGAUAUUAG